AUUCAUUUUCUAUUUAAUGGCUGACUAUUCACUUUAAUAAGUUUUUGGAUAGUUUUUGUGUGUUUAACGUGACUGAGGAGUCAGGACAUGUGAUAGUGGCAGAUGAUUUUAAACAUGAUGUGGAAUUUUGUGAGACAUUGUAAUGAAUUGAUGGUCCUAUGGGACAUAACAGCAGCAAGCCUGUUAAUUUGAAGAAAAGUAUCAGAAAGUCUGCAUCAAAUCUGUCGUCCCAGAAUGCAAAUUCAUCCUCGGAGGAUGAGGCUGACGGGGAUCUGAAUUUGCAGCAAAAAUCACAGAAGAAAAAAGGGAGUAAGAAAGGAAAGAUGCCUUUGUUUAGAAAACAAAGUACAAAUGCCAAGAAACGUCAAGACCAUCAGCAAUAUCUGGCAAAGGAGAAUCCAGAACCCAUAUUUGAUCUGUCUAAUUGUGAGAUAGAGGAGAUUCCAUCUGGGGUGUAUGCUCUGUGUAAGGUUCUGCAGAAAGAGGUUUUAUUACUACACGACAAUUGGUUAAGUUCCAUCCAUUCAGCAUGUAACAACAUAACAGAUCUAUCCUCUAUCAGGGUACUAGAUGUACAUAACAAUGAGCUCAGACAUAUACCUGAUGAAAUAGGGGAACUAAAAUGUUUACAGGUGUUAAACCUUGAGCGCAACAGGCUCACAAAACUUCCCAAAACAAUUGGACAUCUUAGUUGUGUACAAACAUUAAAUAUCCAAGGUAACAAGAUUAAAGAGUUACCUGACAGUGUUUGUCAAAUGAAAUCUCUCCGAAUGCUUGAAAUCCGAGAAAACCGGAUAACCGAAUUACCACGGCAACUGUGUCAGGUCCGAACAUUAGAAACGCUCAAUCUGGACGCUAUUAGUAUGAAAUAUCCGAAUUAUACUAUUUGCUGUUCAGGUACAGAAGCUAUCAUGAAAUUUCUUUGCUCAGAAUGUGAUAUGGAGUAUUUACCUCCUUCCAAUUUCCUCCUUAAUGUAUUGGAGCCACCGAAACCCGAGUUACUUAGUCCGCAGGGAAGUCGGGCAUUACAACAAGAGGAACAUUUUCUGAAACACAUAACAGGUUACAAUGAUAUGUUGAAUCAGAAACGUCUGGAGCUGAUAGAAGUAGAGCGUCAGUUUGCUGAGCACCAGGAGGAGCAGGCACAGCUCGCGCUCAUGGCCCAGAAAAAUCGUGACCAGAUGAUCGCCAUCAUAGCGCAGGAAGAGAGCAAGAUGGAGAGGGAGCUCGAUAAAUUAUCCAAACAGAAAGAGAUUAACCAGAAAAAUCUGAUAGAUGAUCUGAGAAAAGUGGAAGAAGGGGCAGAUAACCUUAUCUCUAGUCUACUGGAUAUGAAUGCUAAAGCCAAGAAAACUGAAGAGCUGUUAGAUGCAAUUGAAGAAGAAAGGAUCAAGGAGAACAAAUUGUUUGAAGUAAGAUGGGAAGAAAGUCAAAACCUCAGGAAAAAAGAAGUGCUCAAGAAUAUGGAGAUGAUAUUACAUCAUUCAGAAUGGUUUGAAGGUGUGAGAAAGAACUUCGCAUCUGACAAGGAGAACUCUUUACAGAUGGCCCUAGAGAAUGAUGAGAUGAUGGCCAAUGCUCAGAUAGAAAGUGUUUUGUUAAAUAAUGACAAACAGAUGACAUUACUUCUAGAAGAUUUAGCCAAACAGGAACAACUUCAGAGGGAUGCUUUUGAAGCCCUGUUGUUACAGAAAGAUGCAAAACAUCAAAGAAUUACCAAUCAGAUAGCUUUAAUCCAGGAAGAGUUGUCUAACCUGACAGUAGUGGAGGUGGAAAGGAGAGAGUUCAGGGCCUUUGAGGAAAUGAAUCGUCUGGCAGAGAAACGUAUAGCUCUUAUAGAGCUGUUGUCACAAUUGAUGCUAGAACAAGAUAAUAGACAGAUUGAGCUCAGACGUAGACUGGAAGAGAUGGAACAGCAGAAAGAGGAUGGUCAAACAGAUUAUUGGCUGGUACAAUAUCAAAGACUUAUGGAUCAAAAACCACAGUCUCUCAUUGAUAGGGAGCAGAACCUAGAGAUUAGUGUUGUGAAGAUAUUAAAUAAAGCCAAGGCUGAGGAUUAUUUACCUAGGUUUGCUAGACAUAGAAUCACCAUAGAAACUCUGGUACAGAUGACAGAAGAUGACUUCAAACAGAUGGGCAUUCAUGAGCUAGGAAUACGUAAAGAUAUACUCAGAUGUGUAGAGGCAUAUAAACAAGAACAGAACAAGCUUGGAGAAAUGGAUAGUAUGGCGGGUAAAGCUACGUUUGUUGAACCUUCAAGACCUCCCACAGCCCCACCUGAAGAUGUUGUGUUCACUGCCAGACAGACUUCUAUUGUUGCCAGGGGUCUUAACUCUGAAUGUACAAUAUGCCUUGAUAGUAUUUCUGAAGUGAUAUUUAUGAACUGUGGACACGUGUGUACAUGUCUACAAUGUUGUGAAUCAGUCAAGCAAUGUCCACUGUGUCGGGCAGAUAUUGUACGAAGAGUGAAGUUAAUGACAGCACAGGUGUAACAGUACAGGGUACCAGGAACUUUUACAACACUUAUGAUAUUGUAGACUCAAAAGUCUUGGUUCCUGGCAUACUAACAGCUUUAUAUGAUAUGUAUUUGGGAUACUCAAAAUUGUGUAAUAAUCAAGGUCCAACCAUUAAUACACAUUGUCAGUUACUAGAAAUAGCGUUCACUUCAUUUCAAUUCCACCAUUGUGAUUUUUUAAUGUGAAGAAAUAUCUUCAAACCAUGCUUUAAAUAUUCCAUCAUCAAUUAAUUUGUUUUGUUUACAAUAUAUUUAUUGCAAACAAUUGUAUAAAUUGUUAUUAUACUAUGAAACAUAUAACACAUGUAUAUGAUCACAUAUUGUCACCUUUAAAUUAAACCUUUGACCUCUAGAUGAUCUCUAGAAAUGAUGGUAACAAAUCCAUGUCACCAUUGUAGAUCAAGACAAGCCUACACAUCUUUGCCAUCUCUGCUAGUGUAGAGCCAGGCUAGUCUAAAAUUCCAUGCUAUCUUCACCUGUUUAGAGCUUGGUAAGUCAGAGAUUUGAUGCUAUCUCUACCAGUGUAGGUCUAGGCUAGUUUGAAAUUUCAAUGCUAACUCCACCAUUAAAGAGCUAAGCUAGCCUGAAAUUCCAUGCCAUCUCUACUAUUGUCAUCUCUACCAGUGUAGAGGUAUGCUAGCCUGAAAUUCCAUGCCAUCUCUACUAUUGUCAUCUCUACCAGUGUAGAGGUAUGCUAGCCUGAAAUUCCAUGCCAUCUCUACUAUUGUCAUCUCUACCAGUGUAGAGGUAUGCUAGCCUGAAAUUCCAUGCCAUCUCUACUAUUGUCAUCUCUACCAGUGUAGAGGUAUGCUAGCCUGAAAUUCCAUGCCAUCUCUACUAUUGUCAUCUCUACCAGUGUAGAGGUAUGCUAGCCUGAAAUUCCAUGCCAUCUCUACUAUUGUCAUCUCUACCAGUGUAGAGGUAUGCUAGCCUGAAAUUCCAUGCCAUCUCUACUAUUGUCAUCUCUACCAGCAUAGAGCUAGGCUUGUCUGAAAUAUCAUGCCAUCUCCACCAUUAUAGAGCUAGGCUUGUCUGAAAUUCAGUGCUAUCUCCAACAGUGUAGAACUAGACUAGUCUUAAAAAAUAACAUGUCAUUUCUACAAGUGUAGAGCUAGGCUAGUCUGAAGUACCAUGCCAUCUAGACUAGCGUGUAAUGGCUGUUGGAUGUAUUUAAAUUAUGUAAUUACCUAAACAAUUAUUAAUGAACUAUUCCAAACUCUGGGCAAGGCAAGUUUAAAUUUACCAGUAUAAUUUCCUAUGUAUUUUUAUCCAGAAAUGAUUCAUAUUACAGAUAAACAGUAGAAAAAAGCCAUUUAAAAUAAUUUAUAAUAUACGUAUCCCCCAUAUGCAUUGAUCACUUUUAAUUAUGGAAAACAAGGAACUAAAUCUGAAUUAACAAAGCACGAUAAAAUAUAUACUGGUAGUCACAGUCCUGGACAUUACAUAAAGAUAUUUUAUAAAUAUCGAGAUUACAAAUCUGUUUUUUUUUGUGUUUAUGUAAAUUUAUUUAUGUUAUAUAUUUUAUUCUAGCCUGUAUAGAUUUUUUUAAAUGCAUCUGUAUAUAUUAUAAGAAUGCUCAAAUUUGUACUACAGUCAAAUCUGUGAUAAAGACCACCCUGCGAAUAAAGAUCACUGUAGAUAAAGAACACCCUGUAGAUAAAGACCACUCUUCAACAAACCUUCAUUUAUUAAAAAAGCCAAAGUUACCUCCAAAUAAAGACCACUUGUCUAUAAAGCCCAUGUUCAGUCGCUCCUUUGGAUGGCAUUUGUUUCCAGGUUUGACUGUAUUAUAGAAUAUAUUUUGCUUUAUAAUGUUACCUGAUUACUUCAGGAUAUACACUUACCUGUUGAUUCAUGAUAUUGACAAGAGUUUCUGUUCUGAACAAAAUUUGAUAUUGUAGGGAAUAGUAUUUAUUUGGUUUUUGUCAAAAAUGGCAGUUCUAAAGGGACACUCAUUUGUAAAUUCUUCUUGUUAUAUAGAUAAUAAAGUUUCAGUAGUGAAUUAAGUUUUGAUUCGAGUUAUUCUUUUAUUGAAUUAAGUUAUGUUCAUUAAGAAUAUAACCCCAUAAAAUGCAUUUUCAACAAAAUAAGUAAACACUAUGUAACUAGAAAUUUUCAAAUGUAUAUUAUCCUAGUUUUGCUUUUUUGUCAUGUAAAUUAUGUUUCCAUUUUCACUUUUGAUGUACAAUGUUAAAUACCCUCUACUGUAUAUAGAUUAUUUUUAUCUCACAAUUAAUUACUUUAUACCAAUUAUUGUUGUUAUUGAUGGUUGUUAUUGUUUUUUGUUAAAAUUAUUUUAUUAUUAUUUCACAUAGAUUGUAUAAAUAAUGUUCAAGUUCAAUGAUUAUUCUUUAAUUUCUGAUGAAUUAUAUAUGAUAAAAGGGUGUAAACCUACAAAUGGCAUAAUAUACUCAAAAUUUUCAAAAAUCUGUUUAAUAUUAUUUUAUUUUAAAUUUCUAGUGGUCUAAUUUGAAGAAAAAUAACUAAAAGAAAUAAAAAAGAUUGACUCUGAAACCAAAGUACAUGCGUUAAUAUAAGGAUACAGAAUAAAUUCUGAGCAAGCUUAGUGAUAAUUUAGCUUAUGUGCUGCCUGUUGGAUAGAAUAUUUACAAAUAUUUACAGUGACAUUUCAGAUACUUUUGUGUUAUUUUUAUGAUAUCAUAAAUAUAUGAUAAAUUCUAUCAUGAAACAAUUAUUUUACCAAAUAUACAUAUAUAAUUAUUACUCAGUAUCUUUAAAAGAAGGAUAAUACUGAAAAAUGUAUUCUAUUUUAACUUCAUAAAAAUACAAUUGUUACAGACUGUUUAUUCAAGUUUUAUAUACUUGAAUCAUGUAAUCUUGUCAACAUACUUAGUCAAGGAACAUUCUACAUAAUUGUACAUAUUCCACACCAGUGAUUAUUUAUGGUAAUCAACCUCAUUUCUUAAUUUUUAUGCCCCCACAAUGUGGGAGCAUAUAGCGUUGCACUUGUCCGUCAGUCCGUCCGUACGUCCCGAAAUCUUGUGAACGCAACUCCUCUUAAACCGGAUGGCAGAUUUUGCUUAAACUUACAGGGAUGAACAACCUUAAUGUGUAGAUGGUAGUAAAGGAAGGAAUUUUCGCUGCGACCAAAUUUAACAGAAUUAUGGCCCUUUGUUGAUUUUUUCACUAUAUACUAUGUAGAAAUUUUGUGAAAGCAACUCCUCUUAAACCGGAUGGCAGAUUUUGCUUAAACUUCCAGGGAUGAACAACCUUAAUGUGUAGAUGGUAGUAAAGGAAGGAAUUUUUGCUGCGACCAAAUUUAACAGAAUUAUGGCCCUUUGUUGAUUUUUUCACUAUAUACUAUGUAGAAAUUUUGUGAAAGCAACUCCUCUUAAACCGGAUGGCAGAUUUUGCUUAAACUUACAGGGAUGAACAACCUUCAGGUGUAGAUGGUAGUAAAGGAAGGAAUUUUCGCUGCGACCAAAUUUUACAGAAUUAUGGCCCUUUGUUGAUUUUUUCACUAUAUACUAUGUAGAAAUUUUGUGAAUGCAACUCCUCUUAAACCGGAUGGCAGAUUUUGCUUAAACUUCCAGGGAUGAACAACCUUAAUGUGUAGAUGGUAGUAAAGAAAGGAAUUUUUGCUGCAACCAAAUUUAACAGAAUUAUGGCCCUUUUUUUAUUUUUUCAUUAUAUACUAUGUAGAAAUUUUGUGAACGCAACUCCUCUUAAACCGGAUGGCAGAUUUUGCUUAAACUUCCAGGGAUUAACAACCUUAAUGUGUAGAUGGUAGUAAAGGAAGGAAUUUUUGCUGCGACCAAAUUUAACAGAAUUAUGGCCCUUUGUUGAUUUUUAGUUUUCAACUUGUGGCACAUGUAGUCCAAAAAAUAUUUGACCUAGAGUCAUAAGAUUGACAGAAUAGUGGCGUGUGGGGGCAUCCGUGUCCUAUGGACACAUUUCUAGUUUUGUCAACUCUGCUGUAACAUAUACACAACUAUAUGUGUACAAUCUGGUCUAGAUAUAUUUUAGAAAGAAACAUUGUAAAUAGUUCACAACAGUGACAGCAGAGCUUUGAAUCAAUCAACCUCAUUUUUCUCCUCUUUUAUCAACUCUGUUGUAACCUGUACAAGAUUUUUUUUCAUACUCUAUGCCUUACAUAACAUAUGCUGCUGAAAAUGUUCAGUACAGUGGGUAGUGAUAAUUGUUUCUUUUUGUUUGUUGUUGUUUUUUUUUCCUGUUUUGUGCAAUAUAAUUUUUUUUAAAGAAGCUUUAAUAUUACAGUUCUUCGUAAAAAUGAAGCUUCGGAUAUUCUUAUAGUGAUGUAUUAAUGAAUUGUUAUGAACUGAUUUCCCAAUUUCAGAUUGAAUUAAAAAUGAGAUUUUUUUUUCAGUGUCUCAAAUUUAACACUUGGUGUGAUAUACAUGUAUAUUUAUUUUUAACCGCCACUGGAAAUUAAUUUUUUGAGACCCAAGUCUGAAAAAAAGCAAGUCAUUUUGGUCUUUUUUGUUUGUUUAGGUUUUUUAGUGUGGGUGUGGGGUUUAGCAGGGAUGGAUUUUACACUUGUUGAAGUCACGGUAACGACUAGUUCUUUAAUGCACCUCCAGGAGGGUGGGGGCAGAUGAGUCGCAUGCUGUACAAUGGUAUGCUUAGGAUGACUUAAUUUUGCUGUUAUGAACGAAAGAUGUAAUUUUAUACGCUGUAAGAAAAUAGUUACGGGUGUAAUGGCAUAAAUUUCAAUGGAAAAUUGUUUUAUUAAGGCUACAAGAAUUUAAAAUAUGAUGGAAUAU